AUGCCGGCGGCGGUCGGCCUCUGCCAGUGCGACCCACUCGUGGUUGUCGCCCGCCGUCGGUGUUUGCGAGACGCGGCUCUCAGCGCAGCGCUUGUGGGCGCCUGGCGCGGCUGCACCCUCCGUGGCGCCGCCGCGUCGGAGGCCGCUCACACCCCUCGUCUUCAUCCCUGCCUCUCCCCCACCAUGCUCUUAACUGCCGCACAACCUGAGUCCUUUGUUGUGCUGGUUGCGCUCGUUCCCCCUGGAGCAUCACAACAAGCGCUUCUGGAUGGCGCACACUGCAAGCAAGGCAUUACUCCACGGUUUUGA